AUGCCUACCUCCACCUUCCGAGAGCCCCCUCAACUACCCAUAGCCUUCACCCAAACCCCAUCCGACCUGAUAAAAAUCGCCCAAGCCGCCAUUGCCCGCUCCCGUUCGACACUCGAUGCACUUGUCGCCAUUCCACCUGGAGACGCGACAUUUGCCAAUUUCGUGCGCCCGUGGAUCCACGACCGCAACCAGCGCGCGAGAGCCAGCUCCCUCACUGCACUCUUUAGAUCUGUGCACCCUUCAUCUGAGCUGCGCGAUGCAUCGAUUGAGUGCGUGAAGAUGUGGUCUCAGUACAGCCUGGAAGUGGUUGCCCGGCCUGAGGUCUAUGCGCUGUUUAAGGCGGUGAGGGAGAAAGCGGAGGUGUUGGAUGAUGAGUGCGCGCAUUAUUUGGAUAGGAGGAUUUCGGGGCUGGAGAGAAGCGGUGCAGCGCUCAAGGAGGGGGAGGUGAAGGAGAGGUUUCAGGCUGUGGCGAAGAGGAUUGAUGAUAUUGAGGCAGAGGGUAGUAAGAGAAUCCGUAUGGAGAAUGGUGGGGUGUGGCUGACUGCUGAGGAGCUGGAAGGAUUCCCUAAAGAUGCGUUGGAAGCAUUGGAAAGGGGCCAAGGUAGUAAUGAAGGGAAGUUUAAGUUGUCAUUCGGGACAGUAGAUCUAGAUUUGUGCUUCAAGAAUUGUGUGAGGUCGGAGACGAGGAAGCGCAUGUUCAUGGGGCACGAGAACAAGUGUCCGGAAAAUGUAGCUUUGUUCAAGGAGAUGGUCGAGCUGAGAGCUGAGAAGGCAGAGCUGUUGGGAUUCAAAUCCCAUGCCGACGUCAUGAUCCAGAACCGGCUGAUGACUGCCAAAUCGGUCAAGGUCCUUCUUGAUGACCUGCGGGAGAAGACGGCACCAGCUUCAGAGUCGAGCAGAGAAGACUUACGAAAACUCAAACGAGAGCAUUUGGUAUCCCGUGGGUUCCCAGAAGCUGAGCUCGACGAUCGUCUGUACCUUUGGGAUCAGCUAUUCUACAUGAAUUUGAUGGAGCAGAAAGGGGAGAACUUAGACCAGUCCAAGAUUGCCGAGUACUUCACUCUAAAGGACACUGUCCGAGGGCUGCUGGAGAACUUUGAGACGCUUUUUGGUAUAGUGUUCGUCGAGUUGACUAACGAGUCCAGGACGACACUGAUGGAGAAGCAAGGUCAACAAGCAUCAGAUAUGACUUGGCACAAAGAUGUCGGCGCAUACUCGGUCUGGGAUGAAGAUGCGGCGGGUGGUGGAUUUCUGGGCUAUCUGUAUCUCGAUUUGCUCAAAAGAGAGGGGAAGAGGGACCAUGCAUGCAACAUCACGUUCCAGAACGGAUUUGAGAAAGUCGAUGGCCAGCGACACUACCCUAGCACGACUCUAGUCAUGUCAGUCCAGCAGCCCACCCUCUCCAAACCAACACUCGUCAGACAUAAGGUCAUCGUAACCAUGUUCCAUGAAUUGGGUCAUGGCAUCCACGCUUUGGUAGGCCGGACUCGCUUCGCAGAGACAUCCGGCACCAGAGUUGCGAAAGAUUUCGUCGAGUUACCCAGCCGCAUGCUCGAGAAUUUCUGCUGGGAUCCCGUGAUUCUUCAAAGAUUAUCAAGACACUAUUCUCACCUGUCACCAGAGUACAUGAAGACUUGGAAGUGCGAGAAUCCUACGGAGCAGGAGCCACCCGAGAAGGCACCCCUGGAGCUGCUGAAGAAGCUUACAGCGACGAACAAAGUCACCCUUGCCCCACUGACACAACGACAACUCUCGUUCGCGAGUUUCGACAUGGCGGUUCACUCUGUGUCCAGCGAUGAGGCGAAGACUCUGGAUCCAGGCGAGACAUAUAACCGGCUCCGGAGGGAGAUCACAGGGCUUUACGGCCCGGAGCUUGGCCCCGAAGGAUAUCGCUGGGGUUUCGGACACAGUCGAUUCUCUCACAUGUUUGGAGGAUACGAUGCUGGCUACUAUACCUAUGUUAUUUCUUCGGUAUACUCAAGUGACCUAUACCAGACGAAGUUUGCGAGCAACCCUAUGGACGGAGAAGAAGGCCGCAAAUAUAGAAAGGUGAUUCUUAACCGUGGCGGAAGUCGGCCGGAGAUGGAACUUUUGGAGGAGUAUCUUGGCCGGAAGCCCAAUGGCGCUGCGUUUGCAAAGGCUAUUGAGGGGUUGAAUGCUAAGCUGUGA